GUCUUUGCUUCUCCAUUUCAUGAGUUAGCCAUUUUUGGUUUCCUUUCGGGUGGAUUUUUAGCUUAUCUUCCCUCUGUUUGAAGUUCUUUCUCUCUGGAAUCAGCCAGAAAACUGUGCAACUUCAUCUGCGUUUAUCACCUUUUUCUUUAUAUUUCUCUUAAGAAGCAACAGGAAAGAUUCAGUUCAGUCCUUUCACUUUCUUUUUGAAAUGGAGGAAGUUUCUGAGAAAGUGAAGAUUGAAGAAACCGAAGUUUCCCCCAUGCAAAACAAUGGGCAACCAAAAGACGUUUUGAAGAGAUUUUCACCGCUGGAGAAUCCCAAAGAAACUACCCAAUUGCUCACUCGAGAAAUUAAACAAGAAAAACCAGACAUCAAUCUUGGACUCUCUUUGGGUGGCAUUUACGGUGAAAACUCCAAUAAAAAACCUCUAACUAGAUCAUCAUCAAUCAUUGGAGUGCUGACCCCGAACAAGGACCCUGAGGAGCUUGAUUCUCCACUACCCAAGUCCUUCCUUUCAUUGUCAAGGUCUUGCUCAAUGCCUACUGAGGCAGAGCAAGAGCAGAGAAAAGCAACUCUGAUGGCUUUAGCUAGGAGGAGAACUGAGUCCACUGACAGAUUCAUGACGGAGAGGAGUAGAAAGGGAGUCACCGAAAAGGAAAAAUCUCCAACUAGAGAGCCAAUGCCGUCUUCGCCCUCUAAAAUAGCUGCCUGGGCUGCUGCUUCUGCUGCUAAUAGCCCUGCCUUGUGUCGUGCCCUUGUUCAGAUCAAGAGGCAGGCCUCUUUGUAUGGCAACAGAAAGCUUGAAGGAGAAGAAGGUUCAGCUGCAGGGCAGGGUGUUAGCAGUUCAAAAUCGUUACAAAUGCAGAAGGAUGCAGAAUCCAAGGUCAUGUUAGGGAGGACAAUCUCAAAUGGAAAACCGGUCAAGGAUGCCGAAACCAAGCUUGAGAAUCCAUCAAAAAAGAUUAAACUUGAGAACAAUGGAUUUCAAGAUAAUGGAAUGGAUGUGAUGAAACAGAUGCCUAGUGUGACAACUACCGGAGAUGGCCCUGAUGGAAAGAAAAUAGAAGGGUUUCUGUACAAAUACAGAAAAGGUACAGUAAGCAUAGUGUGUGUUUGCCAUGGCAGCUUCCUUUCUCCAGCAGAAUUUGUCAAGCAUGCUGGUGGAAAGGAUGUUCCAAACCCCAUGAAGCACAUCACUGUCUGCUCCUCUAUCUCGUUCUAGAUCGCGGCUUGGCUUCCUCGCCGAUUAUGAGAGAUAUAGGAAAUGAGAAAACCUGAAACUAGUAAGCUCCCCUUUUUUUCCUGUCUCGUCUCUUUUUUGCUUUUGUUUAGAAACUUCCACCCGAUGGUGGAACCUUUUUCCCUUUUGAGAACUCUUGGAAGGACUGUGUUUAGCUUUUAAUAGAAGAGUAGCUGCAUGCUUUUGCUCAUAA